AUGGAUAUCGUAUUAGAAGUUUGCGAUUAUUACCUAUUCGACAGACUAUAUGCUGCAGCUUUACCAAAAGGUGGCAAAGUUGACCAAUUCAUUCAAAAUUCACCAGUAUUUCAACAAGUUUCAUCAAAGAUUUCACAAUUUCUUCCCUCAAGUUCAUGUAGUGGGUGCAGUGAUACAGUUGAUAAUGCUUUAUUUGGAAACACUACUGCCUCAUCGACUUUCUCCAAUGCAUUAAACUUCCAAUUCAAUGCCACUAGUGUUAAUGUUGCUAACUUACCAUCUUAUUUGUGGUCAAAAGUCAUGAGUUUGCAAAACAAAUCGGAGAUUUAUGGAUUGAAACCAACCUUCUUACCCGCAGGUGACUAUUUCUCAAGUUCCAUCUUGGCUAGGUCAAAUCUUUUGAGAGAAUCAUUGACUAUAUUAGUGAUAACAACCAUAUUUGGAUGGUUAUUAUAUUUAAUUGUGGCUUACUUGAGUUAUGUAUUUGUGUUUGACAGAAGAAUCUUUAAUCAUCCAAGGUACUUAAAAAAUCAAAUGUGGUUGGAAAUCGAACGUGCAAUGACAGCUAUCCCUGUAAUGGUUGCCUUGACCAACCCCUUCUUUCUUUUGGAAUUGAAAGGAUUUUCACGUCUUUAUUUUGAUAUCAAUGAAUGCACUGGUGGUUGGAAGUUUGUAUUUUUGCAAAUUCCCAUGUUCAUCUUGUUUACUGAUUGUUUGAUUUAUUGCAUUCAUAGAUGGUUACAUUGGCCCUCGGUAUACAAGAGAUUGCAUAAACCUCAUCACAAAUGGAUUGUUUGUACACCAUUUGCAUCUCAUGCUUUCCACCCAGUUGAUGGAUGGGCUCAAAGUUUACCAUACCACCUUUAUCCAUUAUUGUUCCCAUUACAUAAAGUGUUGUACUUGGGAUUAUUUACAUUUGUCAACUUUUGGACGGUGAUGAUUCAUGAUGGUAACUACAUGAGCAAUGACCCUGUAGUUAAUGGAACUGCUUGUCAUACUGUUCAUCAUUUAUAUUUCAACUACAACUACGGUCAAUUCACUACAUUGUGGGAUAGAAUCGGAAGAUCAUACAGAAGACCUGAUGAUUCAUUCUUCAUCAAGGAAACUACUGCAGAAAAGGAAAAACAAGAAUGGAAGAAACAAGUUACUCAAAUGGAGGAAAUCAGAAAUGAGUUGGAAGGUAAAGUUGAUGAUAGGGAAUAUGCUGAGGAAUCGUAA